AAUGGCACCAUUACCAGAACCUAGUAACCAAAAUGUUUAAUCUGUUGAAAAUAAGGAAGUAUGAUAUAAUGAUUAAUCCUAAGGUUUUUAGAUUCAUUUACAAGAAUAAGGAAUAUGAUGUAACAGAAUAUGUUCCAAAACAUCCAGCUGGUAAAUCCUUUUUUGAUAAAAUGAAGGAUGAGAAAUAAGAUUUUACAGAAUAUUUUAGGUAAAUAAAUUGAUUUAAUGAUAAUUUAGAUGUCUACACUCUAAAAAAGCUUUGAAAAUAUUGAAAUCUUAAAAAGUUGUUAGAUCUAAUAUAAAAGAAUCAGAAGAAAGCAAAUAAUAUUCUCACAUUAAAAAAUAAGUAAAAAAUCUGUUUGAACCUGAUUGGACAAUAGAACUUUUGCUUUUUAUUGGAUUGGCUCUAGGAUUAUAUUUAGGUGUUACUAGUGAUUGGUAUAUUGCAAUUCCUUCAAUUGUAUUGACUCAAAUAAUUGCUGGGUAAGAUUUAAUAUAUAUUUUUAGUUGGUAAGGACAUUCAACCAAUCACAACAGAAAUCCUUUGUUAUACAAGUUAUCUAUUCCAUAUGGAAUUAUUCAUGGUUUUUCUACUGAUUGGUGGCAAUUCAAACAUAAUAAUCACCAUAUUUUUACAAAUAGAAUUGGAAAAGAUGAUGAUAUUAAUCAUACUUAUUAAAUGUGGUAAUAUGGAUUCCUCUAUUUAAAGUACAUAUAAAUAAUUUAUAAUUUUUAGAUGGAAAUUUGAUUCUUUUCUUGCAUCAUACAAUAAGAUUGACAUCAUCUAUAUUUUCAUACAUUAAUUAAUUGUAUUCUAAUAAAAAAUAUGGAUUUAUCUUGUUGCAUAAUAUAUUGCAGGAUUCUUUAGUGCUUGUAUAUUGAUAGGUAAUCAUGAAAGAGAAUAUAAAUUCUUCAAUAAAAUUGAUAAGCCUUUCAUUGAACAUUAAAUAAUUACAUCUAGAAAUUAUGAUUGGACUGGUAAUUUUUAUUUUAAACUAAAUAUUAGAUUGGUUAUCUAAUUUGUUGAUGGGAGGAAUGUAAUUUUAAACAGAACAUCAUUUAUUUCCUUAAAUACCUUUUUAUAGACUACCUUAUGCUGCUAAAAUUAUUAAUAGAGAAUUAAAUAAAUUUGGAUACAAAAUACAUAUUGGCAAAAUAUUAUGA